AAAAAACCUCGCCAGCGUUUCGAACCCAUCCAGAGUCCGCCAACCGGAAACUAUUGUCCCUUCCUUCCUAUCUCCGCCCUGUUCCCAAUGCAACGCCAGCCCUCCGCUGCCGUCCUCCUCCUCCUCUUCGUCGCCGUAUGGAGAACCGUCAACGGGGACCCCCAGGCCAACCUUCUAGGCCAGGGCUGCAGCCUGUACAAGGUCUCCUCCCCUUCCCUCUUCUUCGAUAACCUCAACGCCACCUUCGCCAACCUACGCUCCAACCUCUCUGCCUCCGCCUCCGGCUCCUCCCGCUUCGCCACUGCGCAGCAAACCUCCGUCUCCAACCCCGUCUAUGCCCUCUUCCAGUGCCGCGACUACCUCUCCACCGCCGACUGCGUCUCCUGCCUUGCCGCUGCCGAGCUCCUUAUCCGCAACUGCUCCACCGCCAACGGCGGCCGUGUCAUCCUCGACGGCUGCUUCCUCCGCUACGAGAGUUCCCCCUUCUUCGACCAGACCACCCAACAAGGGAACCGGGGCCUCUGCAGCAACGGCACCGCCGCCGCUGGCGGCGCCUUCUCCGCUGCCGCGGAGGAGCUCCUCCUGGAUCUGAGCACCGCCGUGCCGCGGAUAGAGAAUUACUUCGCGGCGGCGGAGCAGGGCGGGGUGUACGGGGUGGCGCAGUGCGUGAGGACGGUCAGCGAGAGCGGGUGCGGAGACUGCCUCCGGGGGGCGUACGGGAAUAUCAAGGGCUGUCCGCCUGAUGCGGAGGGGAGGGCCGUCGAUGCGGGCUGUUUUAUGAGGUACUCGGAUAAAGCCUUCUUCCCGGCCAAUCAGACGGUCGAUCUCGCCCCUUACUUGAAAUCAGGGAGAUCAAGCAAGAAAGGGGCCAUCAUUGGAGGAAUCGCUGGAGGAGUUGGGUUUCUGCUGCUUCUGGCCAUUGCCGCAUUCCUUUGGAUUAGACGAUCCAGAAAGCCCGGGAAUAUUGAGAGAGGAGACAUAUUGGGGGCAACUGAGCUGCGAGGUCCGGUGGAUUACCGUUAUGCGGAUCUUAAAGCUGCGACAAAAGAUUUCAGUGAAGAAAACAAAUUGGGAGAAGGUGGCUUUGGAGAGGUAUACAAGGGCAUUCUGAAAAACGGUAAAGCAGUCGCCGUGAAGAAACUCACGAUAGCUAAUGCCAGAAAAGUACGCAUAGAUUUCCAGAGUGAGGUUAAGCUUAUAAGCAAUGUUCAUCAUCGAAAUCUGGUUCGUCUUCUUGGAUGUUCUACCAAAGGCCCUGAACUGCUGCUUGUCUAUGAGUACAUGGCAAACAGCAGCCUUGAUAAAGUCUUAUAUGGUGACAAACGUGGAAUUCUUAACUGGAAACAGAGAUUUGAUAUAAUUGUUGGCAUCGCACGAGGAUUAGCAUAUCUCCAUCAAGAAUUCCAUGUCUGCAUCAUCCAUCGGGACAUAAAGUCGAGCAAUGUACUGCUCGAUGACAAUUUCCAGCCUAAGAUUGCAGAUUUUGGAUUGGCAAGGCUUCUACCUGGUGAUCACAGUCAUCUCAGCACCAACUUUGCAGGAACUUUGGGUUACACAGCACCUGAGUAUGCAAUCCAUGGACAGCUAUCCGAGAAAGUCGACACAUACAGCUAUGGCGUUGUUGUCCUGGAAAUAAUAAGUGGUCGGAAGAGCAAUGAUGUGAAUCUUGAACCUGUAACACAAUACCUUCUUGAAUGGGCAUGGAAACUGUAUGAGACUGAGACGUUGCUUGAGUUGGUGGAUGCAUCUUUGGAUCCAAAUGAAUAUAGACCAGAAGAAGUGAAGAGAGUCAUUGAGAUAGCUCUAAUGUGCACUCAGUCCACAGUAGCUGCAAGACCAACCAUGUCCGAGGUUGUGGUGAUGCUGCUGAGCAAGGGAGGGCUUGUUCUGCAGCCCACAAGGCCUGUCUUCAUAGAUGCCACAAGUAGAGUUCAUGGAGAUGCAUCCUCAGCCAGCAAGUCAUCUUCUUCUUCGAAUGCAGCAUAUUCGAAUGCAACAUAUUCAACCUCAGUACCUUCAGCUCGGUGAACUUCGCAUGUGUCCUGGUAAUAUAGAACGAUCAGGGAUGGACCAUAUUUAUGAUCCAUAGAGCACUAGAUGUUGAAUAAUGCGAUAAACUGGGGCAUUGUGUUUACAUUUUAAUGAGCUAAAUAUCAGGACUGAUAAGAACUGCAUGCAAGAUUGUUAAUUUGCAGAUUGAUAAGGCAAGAUCAAUGUAUCAUGCUUGCAGUAUAAUAGAAUAGUACUUGAAAUAAAAUGCAUGGUGUAGCUUCCACGGUUGUCAAUAUGUGACUAAGAUGAUUUAUGGAGGGCCAAACUGAA